AUGGAUAUUGAGAGCAUGAACUCGUCAAGGCCGGUAAGUAGUAAGAUGAAGAUGAUUCUGGUGUCAUCCAUCGCUGCCGGAGUGCAAUUUGGCUGGGCGUUGCAGUUGUCCUUGCUAACACCCUACGUGCAGCAACUGGGGGUCCCACACAAAUGGUCCUCCGCCGUCUGGCUGUGCGGGCCCAUUUCUGGUUUGGUGGUGCAACCCAUCGUGGGUUACUAUAGCGACCGUUGCAAAUCUCGCUUCGGUCGCCGCCGACCAUUCAUAGUGGCAGGUGUUGCGCUCGUUGCCAUCGCCGUCUUCCUCAUUGGAUACGCCGCCGAUAUAGGCGUUGCUUGCGGCGAUUCCUUGGACAAACUUACAAAGCCAAGAGCCGUCGCUGUGUUUGUGGUCGGGUUCUGGAUGUUGGACGUGGCUAACAACAUGUUACAAGGCCCAUGUCGAGCUCUUUUAGCCGACAUGUCCGGUUCCGACAAUAAGAAGAUGAGCACAGCCAUGGCAUGGUUCUCAUUCUUCAUGGCUGUGGGAAACGUGCUUGGCUACGCUGCCGGAUCGUUAAAAAGUCUCCACAAGAUGUUCCCUUUCACCGUAACCAAAGCCUGUGAUAUCUACUGUGCAAAUCUCAAGAGCUGUUUUUUCAUAGCCAUUGCUUUACUUGCAUUACUUACCGUGUUGGCUAUGGUGUUCGUACGUGAGGACACAAUGGAGGAUCAUCGUGAAGAAGAGAAAGCAGGCGAGGGAGGAGGAGUCGCGUUCUUGAGAGAAAUCAAGGGUGCUUUUAAAGAGUUGAAGAAGCCGAUGUGGAUCUUGCUUUUGGUCACUUGCUUGAACUGGAUUGCAUGGUUCGGAUUCUUACUAUUCGACACAGAUUGGAUGGGGAAAGAGGUGUACGGAGGUGAGGUCGGGAAAGGACAUCUGUAUGAUAUGGGAGUUAGGGCUGGUUCACUAGGGCUCAUGCUAAACUCCAUCGUGUUGGGACUCAUGUCUCUUGGGAUUGUCUACUUGGUUCGCAGAGAUGGGGCUAAUCUACUUUGGGGAGUCGUCAACUUUCUACUAGCCAUUUGCCUGGUCAUGACCGUAUUGGUCACUAAGUUGGCUCAGAAGCAUCGACAUGCAUCGCUGCCGCCCCCUGCCGGUGUCAAGGCCGGGGCGUUGCUUAUAUUCGCGGUGUUGGGGAUACCGCAAGCGGUGACCUUCAGCAUUCCCUUCACCAUGGCCUCCAUAUUUUGCAGCGACUCCGGCGGAGGACAAGGGCUUUCGUUGGGAGUUUUGAAUGUUGCAAUUGCACUACCACAAAUGUUUGUAUCUCUAGUAAGCGGACCGUUGGAUGCUGCUUUCGGAGGUGGUAACUUACCGGCGUUUGUGUUGGGAGCCGUUGCUGCUGUUAUAAGUGGAAUAUUGGCCUUGACUUAUCUUCCGUCUCCUCAACCUGAUGAUCGUACAAAUGAAAACAACGUUUUAGAUGUUGUAGUAUAG